AUGUACAAGCUGACUCUCAUCGACUCCCACUCGCACCUGCACUCUGGCGCCGUGGUGGCGCAGGUUGACGUGCACCACGUUCGCGACUUGUGCAGUUGGUACGAGGAGGUUUGCCACACGAUUUUCGGCACUAAACCCGAUUGCUACGAGCUGUCGUGCUUGUACGUCAAGUCCUCCAAUGCCACCCUCAGUCCACCGCAUCAACAGCAGCAGUCGCAUGCCAGCAACAAUAAGCAGCAGUUUUGAAGUUGGACAAUAAUAAGCAACGAAUA